AUGAGAAUCGACUUCGCCCUUCUUCUGGUCACUUUGAUGACCACUGCGUCCGCCAGCGCCAUCGAUGGCCCUCGACAUGUGGUGAGGGUUGAAGGCGUCGCGCAGUCCGAGGAGCACGAUCUGUUCAAGCGCAAGGGCGGCGGAGGUGGAGGAGGAAGAGGAGGCGGCGGAGGCGGCGGCAGCAGAGGAGGCAGCUCUGGAGGCAGCUCUGGCGGCAGCUCUGGCGGCAGCAGUGGAGGAAGUGGAGGGAGCAGAGGUGGCAGCAGCGGUGGCAGCAGCGGCAGCAGAGCCCCCAACUCCAACGCCGGCGGCACAUCAGUUGGAGGCAGCGGCCCGAAGCCAUCUUUCGGCGGUGGCCGAUAUUAUGCUGGUGGUGCGGCGACUCCCUACCGCGCCGGCGGCCGGAGCCCCUCGGGCAUCCUGCCAUUUGCCAUCCUCGGAGGUGCCGCCCUCGCGUUCUGGCCCGGCGUCUGGCUGUACGGCGCGUACAUGUACCCCUACCACCAUCCAUACCACUACUACAACGAGUCCAGCCGUCGCAAUGAGACGCGAGACGUUCUCUGCGGAUGCGGCACGUAUGAUGUCUGCGGUUGCGACGAUAACAACAACACUGCGUACUACGACAGCCUCAUUGGAAACGGCAGCUACGACGCGCUCAACAAGAGCAUUGUCAACGUUGCCGACGUCAACGGAACCAGGACCAUCCUCAUCAACGGUAGUCUUCCCAAUGGCACGACCGCCGACGGGCAAGAUUCGAGCGCUGCUGGCCUGAGGAACAUUGUUCAGCUGAUGGGUUUCUGGCCUGCCGUUGCUGCCGUACUCGUCGCCGUCUUUCUCGCAUAA